AUGUUCCUUCAUGCACAUGGUUCAGAAACUGUUCUAACUCACGAUGCUUCUAGUGGUCUACAUUCGAUUGAAGUGCUAACGCGCGAAAGCACAAAGAAACUUGUAAUCGGUCAGGUCGAGGACCAGCAACCUCAAGUGCAUUAUCCAAAGCCUGGUGACUUCUCCAAGGUUCCAUACGCAGAGCCAACAUGGCUGGUCGAGCCGUUUGCUUCGCCGUACUACUCGGACUCUCAUCGUCGGUUAGCUCGCGAGAUGCGUGAGUUUACCGACAAAUACGUUAUGCCAGUGGCUGAAAAGUGCGAAGCAACUGGAGAGCGCCCAGACGUGGAUCUCGUUAAGCGCAUGGGUGCGAAUGGCUUGAAUCCCAUGCGUCUGGGACCAGGCAAACACCUGGCCGGACGGAAACUUUUCGCAGACAUCAAGCCGGAGGAGUUCGACUACUUCCAUGAAAUGAUCAUUACUCAGGAGCUUUCGCGCUGUGGAUGCCGUGGGUUUAUGGACGCUUUGCAAGGUGGUAUGGUGAUCGGUCUUCCGCCGGUUCUGAACUUCGGCUCCGAUGAAAUGAAGAAAGACAUUGUCGAGCCUGUUUUCAGGGGUGAGAAGUUUAUUGCGCUUGCUGUGACGGAGGCAUUCGCUGGAAGCGAUGUCAUGGGUCUGCGAACGUAUGCGCGAAAGACGGAGGAUGGCCAGCACUACAUUGUGAAUGGAACGAAGAAGUGGAUCACCAAUGGCAACUUUGCUGACUACUUCACAACGGCCGUGCGCACAGAUGAAGGCUUCGGUGUGAUUCUGAUUCCUCGUGAGCUCGGUGUCGAGACGCGCCUGAUUCACACUUCCUACUCGCCAACAGCUGGCACGGCUUUUGUCAUGUUCAAUAACAUCAAGGUGCCAGCAAAGAACCUCAUCGGUCAGGAUGGCAUGGGUAUUCCAAUCGUGCUCUCAAACUUCAACCAUGAACGUUGGGUCAUGGUUUGUGGAACCGUGCGCGGCGUUCGUGGCAUAUGUGAAAUCUUGAUGAAAUGGAUCCAUCAGCGCAAGGUGUUCGGUCGUCCGCUCACGUCACAGCCGGUUGUGCGGCAGAAGCUUGCGUUUCUCAUUGCACAGGCCGAAGCUGCGCAAGCGUACCUGGAACAGAUUACGCUCCAAAUGAAUAAGAUGUCGUACAAGCAACAAGCGCGAUUCCUUGCUGGUCCUAUUGCUUUGCUCAAGGCGUGGUCGACCCGUGUGAGCCAUGAGACAGCUGAUAGUGCUGUGCAAAUCAUGGGUGGUCGUGGUCUGACACGUACCGGCAUGGGCAGAAAGAUCGAAAACUACAACCGUGGCUACAAGUACGACGCCGUACUGGGUGGCACAGAAGAGGUGCUUGCUGAUUUGGGUAUCCGCCAGGCAUUCCGAUUCUUCCCCAAAGACCACAAAUUGUAA